AUGGCUGGACAAGUUGUUGUCAAUAGACCAAUGUCUAUAUCUGACUUUGAACUUGUUGAAAGAGACUCCGGUGACAGUGGUGGCACUGCUGUAACGUCUUCUAACCAGAUCCAUACUUGGAUCGACCCAGCAACAAUUAAACUCAAGCACAGGAUUGGAAGAGGGCCAUUUGGUGAUGUUUGGCUGGCAACACAUCACCGUGCAAUGGAAGACUAUGAAGAGUAUCAUGAAGUGGCUGUUAAAAUGUUGCAUUCCAUUAAAGAAGAUGACGUUAAAGAUGUCUUGGUAAAGUUGGAGGAUUUACUUUCUAAAUGUCGGGGUUUAGAAAAUGUCUGCUGGCUGCAUGGUCUUUCCGUUAUAAGUAAGAAAAUAUGCAUUGUUAUGAAAUUUUAUGAGGGCUCAGUAGGGGACAAAAUGGCUCGCCUUAAAGGGGGGAAGCUCUCGUUGAGUGAUGUUUUGAGGUAUGGAGCAGAUCUGGCUCAAGGAGUAAUGAACCUGCACUCCAAGGAGAUUCUUAUUCUCAAUCUUAAACCUUUCAAUGUCCUUUUGAAUGAAAACGACCGGCCGAUUCUUGGAGACAUAGGAAUUCCUUAUGUGUUACUUGGUGUUUCUCUGCCAAGUAUGGAUAUGAUUCGGAGACUUGGUACUCCCAACUACAUGGCUCCAGAACAAUGGCAACCCGAAGUUACUGGUCCUCUAUCCUUCGAGACUGAUUCAUGGGGGUUUGGUUGCAGCAUAGUCGAGAUGUUGACUGGCAUUCAGCCUUGGAGUGGUAAAUCUAUUGAUGAUAUAUACAAAUUGGUCGUAAAGAAGAAAGAAAAACCACAUAUUCCCAGUGGGCUCCCACCUGCUGUUGAGAAUGUCAUUAUUGGUUGUUUUGAGUAUAACUUCAUGAGUCGCCCCAUGAUGGCAGACAUAUUACAAGCAUUUAAAAGUUCACAAAAUGCAGUUUACCAGGAUGGAGGCUGGACAGGUCUUGGAAGUAUAACUAUUAGAGAAAAACAAGGCGGUAGUAAUUAUACCAAGUGGUUCCUUGCGAAGGAUCAUCUGCAAGUGGGUGAUAUGGUACGAUCUAGAAAGUCACCAAACUCGUGCAAACCUGAAAACAUGGACGUACCAGAGGGAAGUGUAGUUGGUUUAGAACGUGAUACGGAUCGCGAUGGACUUGUUUUGGUGCGGAUGCAUGGACUUCAUGACCCAAUAAGAGUUCAUGUUUCUACAUUAGAACGUAUCACAUUUGGAUUGGCUGCAGGAGAUUGGGUGCUCUUGAAGAAAGAAGACAGGAAGCAUUUGGCUGUGGGUAUUCUUCACUCCAUCGACCGUGAUGGAAAUGUAGCAGUUGGAUUUAUAGGACUCGAGACUCUUUGGAAAGGCAAUUACUCAGAGCUCCAAAUGGCACAACCUUACUGUGUAGGGCAGUUCGUAAGACUGAGAUCAAAUGUUUUCAGCCCUUGUUUUGAAUGGCCGUGGAGAAGAUAUGGUGAGUGGGCAGCAGGCAGAAUUCGUCAGAUACUUCCAAAUGGCUGCCUUGUGGUUGGGUUCCCGGGUAGAUUGACACUCAGUAAUGAAAACAAAAGCUUCUUGGCUGAUCCAGCUGAAGUUGAACUUGUGUCAUUCGACACUUGUCCAGGUGUGGUGAAGAAGUAUCAACAUCUUGAGGAUUUUCACUGGGCGGUCAGACCAUUACUAAUAGCAUUGGGUCUGUUUACUGCCAUGAAGCUUGGGCUUCGUGUUGGGAGGAAAUUGGGGAGGUCCAAGGUGAAGAAGGGACAUAAUCCAGCAAUACAAAAUGAUGGUCAACAUGUUGAUGGCGAAACUGGUGAGAACGCAGCAUGGCGUCCUCCAAAAGUUGCCAAAAUUUUCAGAUAA